GUUUCAGUCAAUCAAGAUGGCGGCAUUCAACACAGAACAGUGGUUGAAUGACUUACCAAACCACGAUAUCUUUAAAAAAAUACGAGACAAGUUGGAUUUGGAGCCCAGAACCAAUGUCAGAGGGAUCGCUAAGAACCUCACCUUUUGUUUGGGGGGGGACUUGUUUGUGUGGGACGACACAGACCACGUGUUUUACACCACCAACCUGCGACAGUUAAACACGGAUGAUGAGAGCCGCAGCAGCAGCAGCGGGAGCUACCAGACCUUGCUGUGCAUCAACCCUCCUCUCUUCGAGCUGUGCCAGGUGCUGCUCAGUCCCACCCAGGACCACGUCGCGCUGGUGGGACAGCGGGGCGUCUCGGUGCUGGAGCUGCCUCAGCGGUGGGGCAAGAGGUCCGAGUUCGAGGGCGGACGGAGGGAAAUCAACUGUAAGACCAUCCCGGUGGCGGAGCGCUUCUUCACCAGCUCGGCGUCGGUGACUCUGCGGCAGGCGGCCUGGUACCCCAGCGAGACCGACGAGCCUCACCUGGUGCUGCUCACAUCCGACAACGCCAUCAGGUUCUACAGCUUGAAGUCGCCCCAGACGCCGGCUAAAGUCCUGUCGGUGUCCCAGUCUGAAGAUGACAGCAGCGUGCAUCCUCCGGUCCGCUCCUAUGCAGCAUCUCUAGGAGAGAUAGCAGUGGCGUUUGACUUUGGGCCCAUUUCGUCCCCUUCUCGGCAGCUGGCAGCACAGAGCUCCAAAGAGCAGCUGGUUUAUCCUCUAUACAUCCUCUAUGAAAAUGGGGAGACCUAUGUGAGCAACACCAGCCUGGCAAACGGCGUGAGACUAACUAAACCCGUCGGACCUCUCCCCAUGUAUCCUGCAGCAGAGGAUAACUACGGCUACGAUGCUUGUGCCAUCCUGUGCCUGCCAUGUGCACCCAGUAUCCUGGUUAUAGCCACAGAAACAGGCACGCUGUAUCACUGUGUGGUGCUGGAGUCUGAGGAAGAAGAGGAGUCAGGGGCGGUGGAGAAGUGGAUCCGGGGCACAGAGGCUGUGCCGGCCCUCUACGUUUUUGAGUGCGUUGAGCUGGAGCUCACCCUCAAAGUGGCCACCGGAGAGGAUGAUGAGCCUCAAGAGUUUGAUUUCACCUGCCCAAUCAGACUGCACAGAGACCCGCUGUGCCAGCACAGGUAUCACUGCACACACGAAGCAGGAGUCCACAGCGUGGGGCUAAUCUGGGUCAACAAGCUGCAGAAGUUCCUCCAGUCAGGAGAGGAGGAUAAGGACAGUCUGCAGGAGCUGGCUGCUGAGAAGCGCUGCAUCGUAGAGCACAUUCUUUGUACCAGACCACUUCUAACUAGUGAGUCUGCUCCAGUUCGUGGCUUUUUGAUCGUGUCUGACCUUUCCUUGGGCGCCACCAUGAUCUGCAUCACCAGCAGCUACGAGUGCAUCCUGCUGCCCCUGCUGAGCUCCAUCCGCCCCCCCUCUCCUCCCCUGCUCUGUUCCCACCCAGGUCCAGGCUCUGGUAGCUCCCCUCUGCGCGGGCUGGCCGACGACUCUUUCGAGCAGCACAUCCGCAACAUCCUGGCACGUAGCUCCACCAAUCCUCUCGUACUAAAGGCCGGGGACAAGAACUCGUCACCGCCACCACCAGAGUGUCUGCAGCUCCUCAGCAGAGCCACUCAGGUCUUCCGUGAGGAGUACAUUCUCAAGCAGGACCUGGCCCGUGAAGAGCUGCAGAGAAGGGUUAAACUCCUGACAAGCCAGAAGAACAAGCAGCUGGAAGAAAUGUCUCUGUGCAAGGAGGAGAAGAACAGUCUGAGAGACGCAGCAGAGAGGUUGGCGGAUAAGUACGAAGAUGCAAAGUAUCGCCAGGAAACCAUCAUGAACGGGGUUAAAAGAGUGCUCGGCAGCCUGCAGAGCCGACUACCCAUUCUAUCAAACAGUGAAAAGGAGAUGAUGAAGGAGUUGCAGACCAUCAGUGAGCAACUGAAACACCUGGACAACUGCAUCAAACAGGUGAACAUGAAGAUGGAGUACCAGAAGACACAGGUGGAGAAGGAUGCUCCUGCAGCCAGGACAACAAUGUCUCUGAAUGUGCAGCAGAAGAAGGUUGUUCAGGAUGUCCUCAGGGAGCAGGGACAGCAAAUUGGUGACAUGAUGAAACAAAUCAAAGACAUCAAAAACCAUUUCAGUUUCUAAUGCAGACAACUGUAAACAUGAAUUGCUAACAAUUGGGGGGGAAAUAAUUCCAAAGCUCUUUUGACUACAGUGACUAAAUCUGCCUUUUUGUGACAUUUGUUGAGAAGCUUGAACGAGUGCUUUUGUUAUGAAUGUGCCAUGUGUGUGUGGAAUAGGUAUUUGAAUAGAAGUAUAUUUUAAAUACAUUGAUAUAACUUUACCUUUGAUACUAUUACAUGUUGUUUGUCUCUUAAUAGGGGUAUGAUAGGUUUGCCUUCUGUUGUUGCGUAACAUUUUGCAUAUUUCUUACAUCAGUUUUUCUCAAUGUUACGGUUUCAGAUUGACAGAGCAGAAUAUACCAUGUAAAGGCAGGAAAAAAAAGUGAAAUAUUUUGAGCUUUUCAACAUUGUUUGCUCACUUUUUGGAUUAUUAAUAAAAAAAAAUAUAUAGUUCACUGGAACUGUCUUUACUCAUUUGUGACACAUUAUCAGUCAAUUACUAUUGACAACUGAAUU